AUGCGGUCGAGCGAGGUCGACGUCGAGGUCUCACUCUGUCGCUUCUGCUUCGACCACGGUUCGGUGGACGACCGCGAUGACCCAUUGAUUCGCCCGUGCGCGUGCAGGGGUGGGCAAGAGUACAUUCACGCCAAUUGUCUCUUGCGAUGGCAGCGCGUGGUGCUCAUCGCACAACCGACGCACCCGGCGUACUGGCGAGACGAUGAUCGAUCGAACGUGUGCGGGGUGUGUAAGACGACGUUUAAGACGCCGCCGCCGAGCAGACUGACGCUCAUGUCGAGCUUCACGGGCGCGGAAAUCGCCGCCAUGGUGGACGAGGACUUUCUCCUCGUCUCGCACGCCGCCUUUAGCGAGCGCCUGAAGGAGAAGCUUCAAGACAUGACGGCUGGGCUUCGAAGAAUAUGCGGAUACGAACACUGGAUCGACGGCACGUAUCUCAUCACGAAAGUGCGCGAGCGAGAGCGUGAUUCGUCGGAUGAGGAACAAGGCGACCGUAGCGACUCAAACGCCGAGCGAGACGCGGGAGACGCGGACGCGGGACGCGGGGACGCGGGCGAGGACCUCAUCGUCGCCGUCAAUUUGAACGGUAGAAAAGAUCUCGACGAGGUCGUGCGCGGUGAGAGUCGACUUUUUGAGCUCGUCGACGGAGGAAGAGUCGAUGGUCGACGGGCGCACUUCGUGCUGAACGAUGACGGAGCCUUUGUGGAAACGAGCGAUGGUGACGAUGAAGAUGAGGACAGCGACGGAGAAGUUGGCGACGAGAUGGAAGAAAACGCUGAAGAACGGGAAGGACAAGGAGCGCGCGAGAACGAACAUCAAGUAGCGGAUGCAGAAGAUGAAGGAGAAAGAAAUGAUGAUGAUGCAGAGGGCGAACGUGGAAACGCUGGACGACGCCGCGUUCGAGCAGGGAACCGAGAUCGACGGGGAGGUGUUCUGAUGCACCAUCUUCGUCAACUCCUAUCACCUUUUGGACCGAUUUACGAUGUGUACCAGCGAUACAGACGAAGGGUGGUGCUCUCGGAGGCGUUCGAGUCGGUCGCGCGAGAGUACAACGUCUCUGUCGAUGAUGUCAAGGCUGGCGUUGAAGUUGAAUCAUUCACUGGUGGUCCAUGUGACGACGACGAGGUCUCACUGUGUCUCGUCGUGGGUGUCGACGACGAUCUCGGAUACGCCAAGUUUGAUGACGGGAUAGAGCGUGCGAUGAGUCUGGCUUUCAAGACGUAUCGCGACAGUUUACGAGGCGACGAUGAACGCGAAAUACCAGGUUCAAUUGUGAAGACGAUGGACAAUUCUCGCGAGCGCGUCGGCGUUCUUACCGAGUUCGACGACGAAUUAAAAUCUUGGAAGAUUGCUACGACGGUUGGCUUACUAAAAAGAACAAGGGAUGCAUUCGAAAUAAUCCAGAGAGUGAGCGCCGUUAAGCUUCUUGUGUUUUUCGGAGACGCGCGAUGGUCGAGGUCACAGCUCCUCGGUGAAAUCGCGCGAGGACACUGGGGUCUUACAAAAUCCGAUCCUCUUCACGUCGCAAACUCCAGAGAUGCGUACAAGCGCGCCGCUGAAUCGGGAUUGCUCGUGUUCGCGCCACUGACGGAAAUGACAGAAGAGUUCAUGCGCAACAGCUUGGGAGAGAUGAAUCGCAUUCGAAGCUCUGGGCAACUGACGCGCGCGACGUCACCUGCGCCAUCUCGACAAGGUUGA